AGAUAGCUCCAGCGAAAUCAUCUCUCAGAGUGUAGACAGUGACGCUAGCAGGCGAAUAGAUUAGCAGUCCAAGGGACGUGUAAAUGCAAUCCUAUUUCGAAUACGAAUUCGAACGGCAUCAGCGACUUCACGACGUUCAUGAAUGUGAUAGGGCGAUGGACUUGCAACUCCUACUCUAGACGUGCAAAAGUAAGAGAAGCACAUCGCAAAGUAGUGCGUCAGUGCCGUACUAAAACUAAUUAGCCUUCAAAAUAACUUUAUCAUCAGAUCAUUACCAAGGCAUGCUCUUUCAUCGUGGGAAGCUCGUCUCGGAGACGGUGGAGAAAUUCUGGUUUCUUUUCCUCCCACUCUUCUUCAUCUACACAUACGGCGUUUAUUUCCUGCUCGACUUUUUCAACCUCGCAUCUUCCACCUCAUUAUCAACAACCUCCGCUUCCACGAUAGCAAUUUACGUCUCCCUCGCACUCUUGCUGUCCGCCAUUUCCUACCCGGUGCUUCUCUACCUUUUCUUCGGCCCGAGAAGCCGCGGGUUCAAACACUGGGGCCAGAAGCAUGUCUUCAUUACCGGCGGCUCGGAGGGCACGGGGUUCGAACUCGCAAAACUUUUGGUGCAGAAGCGACAAGCGAAAAUUGUCACGCUGUUCUCGCGGUCGCAGACCAAGCUGGACGCCGCAAAAAAGCAGUUGGAGGAGAUCGUGGAGAAGCAAAAAAAGACGACGACCAGGAACACGUCCUUGAUUCAGGGCUCAACAAGCAUCCGGACCAUCGCGGGGGACACUACUUCCUUGGACUCACUCAGGAAGGCGGUGGAAGAGGUAUCUUGCUAGUGUUGCUCGAUUUGGGUAAUUUUCAUAUGUCGAAUUUUGGCUCGUUCUGAUUUUAAUUUCAAGCCCGUGUGUGGGGCAGUGCAGAUAAAUCGAGUUCGAGAUUGGAGCAACUAUGUAUGAGUACGACGCAAAUACAAGAAUCACGUAGAAAAUCAAAACGCCCAGGACUCCACGACCCCCGCACCCGACGUGUUGAUUGCCGCCGCGGGCAUGGCGAUUCCAAAGUAUUUCGAAGACGCUUCGCCCGAAGACUUUGAGCGGCAAAUGCGGGUCAACUACCUCGGUGUCGUCAAUUCCGCAAAAGCGUUUCUCGAACACAUGCCAGGUGCUGUGACGGAAGCAGGAAAAGGUAGCGAUUAUGCGGACGAAAGACACAAAAAUUUUGUCGCAGUUUCCAGUCUGGCCGCAGCAGUCCCCUUUAUUGGGUAUGCGAGCUACGCGCCGACGAAAGCAGCGGUGCGGACGUUUUGCGACGUGCUCAGGAAUGAGUUUGUCGACUCAAAGACGACCAGCAUCCACAUUUGCUUCCCCCCCGAUAUGGACACGCCGGGGUUCCACGAGGAGCAGAAGACCAAGCCGAUUGAGUGUAAGAAAGUGUUUCCGGAAUGCUUCAACGAAUUGUUCCAACCUGGGGAUGUGGCCGAGAUGAUCCUCGCCGGCAUUGAGCACGACCGGUACCACAUCUUCAGUCCGGACCUGGUCGGGAACUUCCUGGCCUCCCGCGGCUGGGGCCCGCACCCGCGGCAGUUCGUGUUCCUGGAGUUUGUAUUAUCUCCGCUGUUUGUGUUGAUUCACGAGGCAAUCGUGUUCCUGAUGGACCGGUGUGUUGUGAAGUAUGAUCACCACGGGGCUUGGGGUGGAGGUGGCGCUGGUGGUAAUCGGGAACGAAGUCCGGAGAAAAAAAGGGCCUAG